AUGUUAAGCAAUCCAACGUUAGAGCAAGCGGUUAUAAAGUUCGCCUCUGUAGCGCACGUCUUAUCCUUUGCACCCCCAAACCCAUUGAACCAAAACAGAACGCUCCAACUUGAACUUGGCUACUACUCCAUUGUAACUGAACUUUCUCUGAGGUACGGGUAUUGGUACGGUUAUGAUACUUUCAACAUGUACAUCAAGCAGGUUGUGAUUGAAGGUUUUAAGAGUUAUAGAGAGCAAGUUGCCACAGAGCCUUUCAGUUCUAAAGUGAAUUGUGUUGUUGGUGCUAAUGGAUCUGGGAAGACAAACUUUUUUCAUGCCAUUCGUUUUGUGUUAAGCGAUCUCUUUCAAAAUCUACGAGGUGAAGAUAGACAGGCACUCCUCCAUGAAGGAGCUGGACACCAGGUUUUAUCUGCAUUUGUGGAGAUUGUUUUUGAUAAUUCAGACAACCGGAUCCCGGUUGAUAAGGAGGAAGUUCGACUGCGCCGGACUAUAGGUUUAAAAAAGGAUGAAUAUUUUCUAGAUGGAAAACACAUAACGAAAACUGAAGUGAUGAAUUUGCUGGAGAGUGCUGGGUUCUCCCGAUCAAAUCCUUAUUAUGUUGUACAACAAGGAAAGAUAGCAUCAUUAACUUUGAUGAAAGACUCUGAACGACUGGACUUGCUGAAGGAAAUAGGUGGUACUAGAGUUUAUGAGGAGCGGCGCCGUGAAAGUUUGAAAAUAAUGCAGGAAACUGGCAAGUUUAUGAUUUAUUUAUUUUUAAGUAAUAAGAGAAAACAAAUAAUACAAGUUGUCCAGUAUUUAGAUGAAAGGCUGAAGGAACUAGAUGAGGAAAAGGAGGAACUUAGGAAAUAUCAACAGCUCGACAAACAAAGAAAAUCUUUAGAAUAUGCUAUUUAUAGCAAAGAAGUUCAAGACGCCCAGCAAAAGCUUACUGAGAAAGAGACUAAGAUAGAAGAUGUUCGGGCCAGGGUUUCUGAAACAUCAGCAAAGAAGUAUAAUGAUGUUCUUGAUGCACAUGAGAAAUCCAAAGAUUUGGAGAAUACAUUAAAAGAUGUAUCAAAAGAACUUCAAAACUUUAACAAAGAGAAAGAGGCUAUUGAAAAGCGACGAACAGUGGCAUUAAAGAAGCACACAGAGCUUGAGCUUGAUGUCAAAGACUUGCAAGAGAAGAUCUCUGGAAACAUCAAAGCCAAGGAAGAUGCUGCAAGACAACUGGAGAUACUUGAGAAAGAAAUUCAAGACUCAACAGUUGAACUGGGCAAAAUCAUUCCUUUACAUGAGGAUCAAGUUCAGAAAGAAAAAGACAUUGCCAUGCGAAUAAUGGAGCGUGAAAAGAAACUCAGUAUACUUUAUCAAAAACAAGGACGUGCAACCCAGUUUUCAAGUAAAGCUGCUCGCGAUAAGUGGCUUCAAAAAGAGAUUGAUGAUCUUGAACGGGUGCAUUCUUCAAAUAAGGGGCAGGCAAGUGUUCAUUUAUCUGUAUGA